CCGAAUAUAAAACAGCCGAAUACGAACCAGCCGAAUACAAAACAGCCGAAUACAAAACAGCCGAAUACGAACCAGCCGAAUACAAAACAGCCGAAUACAAAACAGCCGAAUACAAAACAGCCGAAUACAAAACAGCCGAAUACAAAACAGCCGAAUACAAAACAGCCGAAUACAAAACAGCCGAAUACGAAACAGCCGAAUACAAAACAGCCGAAUACAAAACAGCCGAAUACAAAACAGCCGAAUACAAAACAGCCGAAUACAAAACAGCAGAAUACAAAACAGCCGAAUACAUAACCGCCGAAUACGAAACAGCCGAAUACAUAACAGCCGAAUACGAAACAGCCGAAUACGAUUUUGCCGAAUAG